AUGCCGCGAAUGCUCCUGAAACAAGGCUCCGUCACUAUAGGAGAAGUUAUUGGUGAAGGAGCAAUGGGUGAAGUGUUCAGAGGGACUUAUAAGGGCCAGACGGUGGCUAUUAAGAAGAGCAAGCAUGGAACUGACUUGGACACAGCGGUGAAGGAAUUCACCUCACAUUGUCAGCUCAAACAUGACUACGUCUUGAAAUUCAUCGGCGUCUUAGGGACUACUGCUUCAUACUCUCUCGUGCUAGAAUAUGCUGAGAAGGGAGAUCUAAAAUCCUAUCUCAAGGCUCACACGGUUCCGUUGAGUGUGAAAUCCAAGAUAUGUCAUGACAUUGCGCAUGGCCUUAAUUAUUGUCACGACCAGAACAUUGUGCAUUUUGAUCUAAAAACGGAGAAUAUUCUGUUAACAGAAAAUUUGACACCUAAAAUAUCAGACUUUGGCGUUAGUUCCAGUAAGAUGGAAUUAGGGUUACGUGGUAACAAAGCAGGGGGGACCAUCGCUUGGGUUGCGCCAGAAAGGCUGUCUAAGGAUUUGGCUAUGCGGAAUACUUUCAAAGAAUACCCUAAACUGUCGGAUGUUUACGCCUUUGGGUUAAUCAUGUGGUCAGUUGCCCUUGAUGGUAAAUGUCCAUACGCAAACCAAACGCGUGACGCUAUCUGUAAAGAGAAGAAUCGUCGAGAUCAUGCUACUAGGCUUCUGAGUCAAAUUCCAAGGGAAAUUCACACCACUUAUAAAGAACGGGUUGAAAAUCUACUCAAAUAUGAACCGAGAGAUAGGGAAAGCUUAUUAGUUACGGCCUUAGGACUUGAAGAGCUGUAUGACGAUGAGGAUAUAUACAAAGAAGUAGCAGUGACACACAUGACUUCGCGAGUACUUGAUUUGAACUUUCUCAGCGAAGAUGAAGACAAUGGAGAAGAUGAAGAAGAUGAAGGCAAUGGAGAAGAUGAAGAAGAUGAAGAAGACGAGGAUAACAAUGAAGUGAAAGAUGGGAAAGAAAACAGUAACAGUGACACUUGCGUUAACGGUAGUGAAAGUGGCAGAAGCACGUUAGUAGAUGUUCUAGCUAAUGAGAAAACCGUUACACCAAAAGCCACAUCAAAUGACUAUGAAGUAAAACGGUCCGUUUUAGCAGAAAACAAGAACCCAGCAACUCCCGAAACGAAUAUAGUACAAAGUAGUUAUACGACUCCUCCAAAAGAAUGGUCGUCUGAUAAUCUUCUUGCACUGGUGGAGAGUAGUUACGUCAAUGGGUUUAUAAAAUCCAAGGCAGCGCUCAACGUACGCAUCAAGACAAAUGGUGUUAAUGCAGUCGAUAUUUUUGCAGAGUUCGAGUAUUUAGCUCGAAAGUCUACCAGACAUAAAUUUGCAGUUGGCUGGUUCCACGAGAUUGGAUUAGGCACAGAGAGAGACAAUACGAAGGCUUUCGAGUGUUAUAAAGAAGCCGCUGAAAAGGAUAAUAUGCAUGCUGCAUAUAAAUUAGGUUUAUGUUAUUACAACGAUUACGAUCUGGAGAAUGCACGUAAAUGGUUGGCGAAAGCCUCUACAGAUGGACACCAAAAAGCCAAGGAAAAAUAUAUCGACUAUUUUAAAUCAGUGCCCUCGUCCGUCUUUUUAUAA